CAUGGUGGACAUAUGGCCCAAGUUGGACUGAACCGUGGUCCCUGGCAUGCCCGUGUGGUAGGCUGGGCCAAAAGCUAUACCAGGAACCUGGAUCCUUCCAUACAGCAAUGUCAUGAUGAAGAUGUGAUUGGGGCUGUUAGUCUGGUUUGGGCUAUGAUCAAGGCUGUGGUACCCUCAGAAGCCAUCCAAGAAGUUGAGGCAUCCCUGGAACAGGCUGAAAUGCCCAGGAUUGCCACAAGGAAUGUGGCUGAAGGUAAUGGCUAUAAAAUCACAGUUGGACAGCAAAUAUACUCCUUCCCUGCAGCUGAGCGUGGUCCACCAGAAGCAUACAUGAGUCGUGGAUAUAUUGCGUGA